AUGUUUGGCAGAGGGCUUAGACAAGAGCAAAGAUUCAGUUUGUCCAACCAUUUCGAGGUACGGAUAGUCCACCACGAGGACAAUAGCCGAAAAGUUUCGCAAGUCGCUGUGCGCAAGAAGCAUAACACAAGUAAAGACUCCCUUGCCGUUUCCUUCAUGUCAAGGUUGAGCAGUGACACCAACCACGGCUACAUACAGACGAGGCCCAUCGCGCCCGCCCGCAUGUGCUGCACUUUGGACUUCAUCUUCCGCUCGUCGAACAAUACCAGCCGCGCCGUCCACCUGCGUCAAGUAUACCUGCGACGCUCACUACACUACCGUGUCUCUAUCAAUUCACGAUAUUUUAUGCCCUUCUCGAGAAUCUAUGGAGCCAGUGAACGGCACAUGAGUCUUUGCUCGCCAGUCCGAGCCACAAUCAGCGACGGGAAGCGGAAUCCAGUCCGCAAGCCGGCUGCUAGCGAUGGCCGGAGGAUGAGGAAUAGUGUGAAUGAAGAGACCUGCUCGAGCUCUCAGCAGCAACUCAGCUCGCGGCAAUCCUUCGCCCCCAUCUGGAAAUCUCAAGCCUCCACCCAAUGCCUCCAUAACAUGCCAGGGGCAGGGCAGUCCCUGUCUUGA